AUGUUGCAACCUCUAUUACGUCAUCAAAAAAACGAUACAACGGAAAUAAGUGGAAAAUUUUUGGGAAAUGAUGAUGAAAUAGAAGAAGAAUCCGAAAUGUCGAAAGGUAUGAUAAUAACGAAGGAAAAUGGCGAAGACGAAGACGACGACGGUGAUGAUGAUGAUGGUGGAAAGGAAAAUGAUAAUGGUGACGUCGUUGAUAAUAUGGAAAAUUAUAAUAAAAAAGAAAUUUCCUCAUCCGUCGGAAGGAAUAAAAAUUUAAGUGACGUUUCCGAUGGUUCCGAAUUGGUUAACGUGGAUGAAGAAUCGAAUGAUUAUAACGAGGAUUACGGUAAAAAUUCAAACGUGUCACCAGUCGAUUUGACAAAUAGAAAUUUAGAUAUGGAUCAGAGUAAAUCAAAUAAUAAUUCUUCAUCCGUCGUGGAACCAGGACAACCCUCGGUCGUACCACAGAGAAGAAAUUUAGCCUUUUCCGUUGAAAACAUUCUCGAUCCUAAUAAAUUCACCGGAAAUUCAUUAAAUAAAUUCAAUAACGAUACGAUUAAUAAUCCUAGUAGUAAUAAUAAUAAUAAUAAUCAUGUUAAUAAUAAUAAUAAUAAUAAUAAUUUAAUCAUACCGGAUCAAAGAUUUCAAUCGUCCAUCGGUAAAAUUUUACAACCUCCUCCCGGAUGCUGUUGGAGACCACAAAUUCAAGAUGGUGGAGAAAGCGAGGAUCGUGACGAUAACUCAGAGGGAAAUCAAAAUCCCCCCCAUCAUCAUCAUUUUAAUUCGAAUUUAUUUGUUUUAUCGUUCAAAUUAAAAAGUAAAGUCGGAGGAGAAACAAUAACAACAGGAACAACGUCUGCUUUAAAUCCUCAUCCCCCCCAAUCUCCCCUCAAUUCCUCUCCAACCCUUAAAAAAAAAAAAGAAAUUUUCUUUUUCGUUUUGCUAAAAUCCAACCGACAGUUGUCUCCUUCCACGUUUAUAUUUUUAACCCUUAGAUUUAAUCCUAUUAUUUAA